GCUGGCGGGCCCGGGGCGGCGGGGGCGCGGGCACACGCCGGACACCCGGUCGCGCGCGGCCGAGUCGCGAGGCGCCCGCUGCAGUGGCCGCGUCUCCGAGCACCAUGGCCGACAGCAAGGCCAAGUCUGCCAAGGCCGCCAACAAGACACCCCCCAAGUCCCCAGGGGACCCCGCAAAGGACAGGGCAGCCAAGAGGCUGUUGCUGGAGUCGGAGGGGGCCGGUGAGGGGGCGGCUGCCGCGGCGCCGGAGCUCAGCGCCCUGGAGGAGGCCUUCCGGCGCUUUGCCGUGCAUGGGGACACCAGGGCCACCGGGAAGGAGAUGCACGGCAAGAACUGGUCGAAGCUGUGCAAGGACUGCCAGGUCAUCGACGGGAAGAGCGUGACCAUCACAGACGUGGACAUCGUCUUCAGCAAAAUCAAAGGGAAGUCCUGCCGGACCAUCACGUUCGAGCAGUUCAAGGAGGCGCUGGAAGAGCUCUCCAAGAAGAGAUUCAAAGACAAGAGCAGCGAGGAGGCUGUCCGCGAGGUGCACAGGCUCAUCGAGGGCAAGUCCCCUGUCAUCUCCGGGGUGACGAAAGCCAUCUCGUCACCCACCGUAUCUCGGCUCACAGACACGACCAAGUUCACGGGCUCCCACAAGGAGCGCUUCGACCCGUCGGGCCGGGGCAAGGGCAAGGCGGGCCGUGUGGACCUGGUGGACGAGUCAGGCUACGUGUCGGGCUACAAGCACGCGGGCACCUACGACCAGAAGGUGCAGGGGGGCAAGUAGCCAGCCCAGGAGCGGCCCCUCCCGCCGAGGCCUUCACCACCUGACACUUCAUUACAUUCCUGUGCUCCCCGGUCAGAACUCAGGAGUCUGGGGCCCGGGUGGCUGUGGGGUGACACCCAGGCCUCCCCCUGCCUGGGGGCCGGUGCGCUUCUGUCUGACCCCCAGGUGGGGCCCCUGAACUCACUGGUCUUUUGUAACUCGCUUGCCUCAUCCAGUGCUGGCCACCAACACGUGGCCUUUUCCAGUGUCUCCCGGGAACAGACCACACUGGCCACCCGGCUUACAGGCCAAAGGGACACUGUCCGGGUGCCGGUGGGCCACGGGGUGAGUGGGA